AUGCCCUCUGGAGAGACUUCCAUGAAAAGUAUCCCAACAAAUCACCAGCUACCUACUCUCAUCACCACCAAAAAUUCCAUGACAAUUUUUCCCAAACAGGAGGCCCCAUCAAGUGUGGAUGAAAAUGUGGAGAGUUGGCAAGAAUUUAGCAUGGAGAAUCCAUCCCAUAAUGAACUUGAGUGGAUUGGGCUCUACUAUCCACAAUAUGACCUCUUCCAGGACAUAGAACAUCAAGUCCAUUGUUCAAGUUCUGAACAACGUAGUGGACAUGGCCCAUGUUGGGCCAUGGAGAAUGCUGAUUUGCAGGAUACAAAGGGCAAGGGUGAGCUGCAGACCAAGUACAGUUUAAGAAAGCAGGAAAAAUUUAACAGCCAAAGGAGGAGUUGGGGGGGUGGAGGGUGGUGGAGGGUAGACAACAAAAAGCAGCAUGGACAGGAGCUAAGGACAAAUAAUGGUGAACAAGGGGUUAAAAGGGAAACAGUGACAAAUGAAAUAUAA